AUGCGAAGCGCCAUUGCUAUUUCCCCGGUAGCGGCCCUUCUGGCCACUCUUCUCCUGCUGCUGCGCGUCACCUCCGCGGUGCCAGUCACCACCGAGAUCGCCGUGCGUGCCCCUACCCCAACGGAAAAAGAAGUAAUCUCGGUCUCGUUCUACGUCGACAAGAUCAAGGAGAUGAACCUCGUUAGCGGCAAGACCUGUCUGUUCUACUUCCGCCUGAACGGCGCAGAGGGCGAAGACACUGCUCGUAACUGGUACAGGAAAUAUGGGCCCGCGGAAAAGGGCUCCCUUAGCCCCGGGUCGAAGAAGAAAGACCCUGUCACCUACAUGGAUGCUGCUCCCUCCUUGUUUAGCUACCGAUUGAGCAUGCCCGCGAUGGUGUCCACGCCUCCGAACAUGAAGAAUGACAAGACCGCCGGUGACAAGAUCACAUCUCGGUGGAUCGCCAACGGACUUGUCUCCCAGGCCGUGGCUGAGAGCUGCGAAGGCGAUGCCUACUUCUUUACACCAGAGGGCACGGAUUGGACGGAGGUGUAUCCGUAUAAAGCCUCCCAGACCAACUUCUGGUGGGACUUUGAGUGGCCCGCUCUCUUGAAGAACAGCAAAGUCAACAACGUCUACCAGAUUGAUCCGACCAAGGCCACCGAGGUCCCCAAGGAACCUAUCUCCACGAAGGGAAAGGUAGCCAACCAGGAGUACCAACCCGACAAGAACCGUCCCCUCGCGACUGGCUGGGAAUACGAUCCCAACAAGGCCGAGACUGGUGCUUAG